UAUAUUUGUCAUAGACUCCAUAGAAAUUAUAUCGAGGUUUCUUCUUCCCUACGCCAUUCGAUUACUACAAUCCUUUGUAUUUUGUUUUCUUUGGAUUUCGAUUUUCUUCUGAUUCCUUUCACAGAUUACUUUACAUUCCCUUCUCGAUUAUUUUGAUUCAGAUUUCUCCGAAAUUUCAAUUUGAUUUCUAAACCUUUCAGUUUUCCCGAAAACCCUAAAAAGUUGGUGUUUUUUUUUCUAAUUGAUUGGACUUCCCAGCGACUCUCCGAUGAAGAUUUGCGUGAUUUUCCUUGUGGUUUCCUUCUUCUCCUCCGCGUUUUCCGACGAAACUUCCGAUCCGUACCUCCCGUCGAUUCUCCAGUACCCGUCGGAACACAAGAAAAUCGUCGACGGCGAAGAGGUCAAUCUGUACUGCACGAGCUGGAGAUUCGCGGCGGAGACCAACAAUCUCGCACCGUGGAGCACCAUCCCGGCUGAGUGCGCCGAGUACGUCAAGGACUACGUGAUGGGCAGAGGUUACGCCACCGAUCUGGAGAGAGUCUCUGAAGAGGCUUCCAUCUUCGCUAGCACCCUCGAGUUCUCCGGCGAUGACGACGGCAAAGAUAUUUGGGUUUUCGACAUCGACGAGACUCUCUUGUCCAAUCUUCCCUAUUACAUUGACCAUGCCUUCGGGGUGGAGGUAUUUGAUCACUCGGAGUUUGAUAAGUGGGUAGAGAGGGGAGUGGCGCCAGCUAUAGCACCAAGCUUGAAGCUUUACCAAAGAGUGGUUGAUUUGGGGUACAAGAUUUUCUUGCUUACUGGGAGGAAAGAGAGCCACAGGCUUGUCACUGUUGAAAACCUCAUCAGUGCUGGUUUCCAGAACUGGGACAAGCUUAUUCUCAGAUCUCCAGAUGAACAGCACAAAAUGGCGACGCUGUACAAAUCUGAGAAGAGGGAUGAGAUGGUGAAAGAGGGAUAUAGGAUUAGAGGCAAUUCAGGUGAUCAGUGGAGUGAUUUGUUGGGUUCCUCCAUGUCUCAACGAUCUUUCAAACUCCCAAAUCCAAUGUAUUAUAUCCCCUGAAGAGUGAAGACAGAGAGAGCUUUAUUUGACUACUGCCUUCAUACAUUUCCUAAACCUCUUACCAAGGAAAAAAAAAAAUACUAACUGUGUAGACUUACCAAAGAGGAUGAAAAUGUUGUUAGUUUGAAUUGAUUGCCUCCGCUUGUAAUUUGUCAGCUAUGAAAUGUACUAAUUGCAGAUGCUCUGUUUCGGUACACUUGUUUCGAUUAUAAUAAUAUGGUAUAGAGU